AGCGGAAGUCAUGUGGUCCAUAGUGUUCACCACAGUCAGUGGAGUGAGGCAGCAUGGAUGACAUGGAGACUUGGCCAGAGAUAGAGAAAGCUGCGACAGAAAGGAGGCGUGAGCUGGUUUUACAGGGUGCUGGUGUGGACACCAGGAUCUCCUCUCAUGGCGGACUCACCUCGUCCAUCUACUCCCUCACCCUGCUCAACUACCUCGAGGUGAGCCAGUGUCCGAGUUUGACAGAGAUCCACGAGGACAUCCGGCGGCUGACCAACCUCCAGAGCCUCAUCCUGUGCAGGAACAAGCUCGCCUCCUUCCCGGAAGUCAUCAGCCUCCUGGGGUCCCUGAAGGUCCUGGACCUGUCGGUGAACAACCUGCAGGUUCUGCCGGAGGGCAUCACCCAGCUGAGCGAGCUGAACACCCUCAACGUGAGCUGCAACAGCCUGGAGGUCCUGCCCGACGGCCUGAGCCGCUGCACCAAGCUCUCCACCAUCAACGUCUCCAAGAACCGCAUCACCCGCUUCCCCGCGGACCUCUACUCGGAGCGGCUGGACCUCCUCAGCUCCCUGGUGGCCUCCGACAACGCCAUCGAGGAGCUGAGCGGAGAUGUUCACAAGCUGUCUGCUCUGAAGGUUCUGGAUCUCUCUGGCAACAAGCUGAAGGAAAUCCCGUCUGAUCUGAGCGACUGCCCCAAGCUGAAGGAGAUCAACUUCAAAGGCAACAAGCUGAACGACAAACGCCUCGAAAAGAUGGUCAACGGUUGCCAGACCAAGUCGAUCCUCGACUACCUCAGAGGAAAAGGAAAAGGGAGACAGGGAGAGGAUGGAGGUGAUGCGGAGGGCGGACGCAACGCAGACAAAAAGAAAAGGCAGCAGAGGAAGAAGAAGGACAAGGCGGCAGACGAACCUGAUGAGGUGGAAGAGCUGAACAAGAUGGUGGUGAGGGUUCUCCAUGUUUCGGACGCGCCCACAGCGCUCACGGUCAAAGUGAUGGCGGAAGUGAAGGAUGUUCGGCCCUACUUGGUGUGCUGCGUGGUCCGAGGCAUGAACCUAAAGGCUGGGAAUUCUCUCAAACGGUUCCUCGUGGCUCAGACCAAGCUUCACGACGAUUUGUGUGGUAAAAGGACCACGGCAACCAUUGCAACUCAUGAUGUGCAGCUUCUCAAAGGCCCACUGACGUAUGACGUCAAACCCCCCACCCAGCUAAAGAUUGUGUCACUGGGCCGGAAGGAGAUGACGGCGGUCGAGUUGAUGAGACACCUUCACCUAGAGGCCGACGAACUGAGGAAGCAGAAGAAACGACAGAAUGUUACUGGCCUCCACAAAUACCUGCAGCUUUUGCAAGGAAAAGCAUUCUAUCCCUGCCUAGUUGACGCAGAGGGACUUGUGAUCUCAUUCCCACCUAUUACCAACAGUGAGAACACCAAGAUCAAGAAGACUACCAAAGAGUUGUUUUUGGAAGUGACCAGUUCAACCAGCCUGCAGACCUGUAAAGACAUUAUGGACGCUCUGAUCAUAAAAAUGGCAGAGUUGAACAAGUUCACAGCGGAGCAUCGGGAGGAGGCGGGGUCAGACGCGGAAGGGGAAGGCCCGCCCGAGCCGCUGCCCAGCGUCGAGGCCUCCAGCGAACUGAUCGUCCAGCAGGUCCGAACCGUCGACCAAGACGGGAACCUGAAGGUCGUCUACCCGUCGAAGACCGACCUCUCCUCCAACGACAUCAGCAAUUUGACCAUCGUUUGGUAGUCGUGCUGUGGACAACCUGCGAUGUCUGUAUUUAAAAUGUGUGUGUAUCGGAUUUGCAAAUAUCUACAAAGAAAAUCUGCAAAUAUGUAUUCAAACUCCAUGUGUUUUAUCGGAUUUGGACGUUUGAAAAUAAAUAUCUGCUAAUACGUAUUCAGAAUUCGUGUGUGUAAUCGGAUUUGAAAAUGUGUCAAGAAAAUAUCUUCAAAUAAGUAUUGGGAUUUGCAAAUGUAUUAAUAUCUGUAAACACAUACAUAGAGAUUAAUGGCUGAGUAUUUUGCAUCAAGGGCUGAAAAUACAGACAAGUCAUCAGUUGCUGCUCAGGCGGCCUCUCAAUUCUCAAUGAUUUUUUUUUUUUUACACCUGACUUCUGCUACACUUCUGCUGUGGCAGAUCUGCAAAUAUGUGUUGAAAUAUUUCUGUGUUUUCUGGAGCUGCAGCCUUCAUACCACUAGGUGGCGGUAGCCGUUAAUCUCCAUGUAUGCGUUUACAGAUCUGUCUUCAGAUUUAAAUACACUUGCAAGUCUGAAUACAUAUUUGAGGGUAUUUUCUUCCGAUUAAACACAUUGAUUCUGAAUACGUAUUUGCAUAUAUUUGCAUGUACAAAUCCAGUAACGCACACAUGGAUUUUGUACAUAUUUGCAAAUCCAAUUAUACACACACACAGAUUUAAAGAUUGUUAUUACACAUUUUGAAAUCUGUUUACAGAUUUGUAGAUCCAUGAACACAUUUAAUAAAAGUAAGCAUUUGGAGAUUCUUUUACACAUUCACAAAUCUGAUUAGACAUUUGUCAAUAGUUUUGCUAAUAAUGGCUUCAUUGAUUUCAUCGUAGGACAUUUAAAACAUGAACAAAAUGUAGGGUGAAUUUGGGUAAUCUUCUCUAACCACACCAGAAGAAAGAUUGGAGAUAUCAUACUCAGAGGAGACAUGACGCAGCUAUUAUUGUUCUUUGUGCCAAAAAAAGACUAUUCUGCCUGAAUCUGAUAAUCUGAGAUAAUCAUUUUUUUUAAAGCAUUAUGAGAAAAGGGACUGAAAGCUUAAUGUAUAUAUAAUAUGUAUAUUAUAUAUUAUUUUUUUUCUUAAAGAACCCAAGCCUAAAUAAAUAAACUAUUAAAUUGAAAACAUUCUGUUAAAGGUGUGUUACAUUUUUAAUCAAAUCAAUUAAAAUUCAAUCAACAGCAAGAAAUAAAUAAGAGAUUAUUCAUUCAGUAAUUCACCAUUCUACUGGGGCUACUUGGGAACAAAGUCCUUGCAGGUGAGAGACUCAUCCAUCACUCUGUUGUCUUCUCCACAUGUUUGGUGAAACCAAUGGCUGCAGACCACAGGACAGACUCUGUUUUAUGGAUCAAAUCUGUGCCAGAGAGCAAACUGAUUAUGUGCUAGUUAGUAAACAAUCAGUUUAAACGGACAGGGACAGGCUGUAGUUUCCAUUUACUCCUGUCUGACAACUGCAGAUCAUAUGCUACAUCUCUUUAGUUUAUCUUUUCUUUUUACUUUGGGAAGUUCCUAAAUAUAUAUGUCUUCCAUUUAAAGAACUUCCAAUGACUGUCCCAGAUUACACAAAGCAUGCUGUCCCACCUGAUCAAACAUGAUUGAUCAGGUGGGACAACAAAAAAAUGUUUCUUAAAAACUCAAUGCAUAUUUUGUUGCCUGAAUACGUCACAAACAUAAUUUGAUAGCAAUUAGGAAGAUCGUCUUGUUUAUGACACAUUUAUAUCCUUAAACGUUAAUCUUGUCAGAAUCUUAUGUCACUGACCUUGUCAUGCAAUUCCAACCUAUAGUUAAAGUCCUGAUUAGAUUUUGUUGGAACCAUAGACUGUAGGAACAGGAAAUAAUCAAACUGAAGAGUAGGUUCCCCACAUUACCUGAAUUCACCCUACAUGCUUUUACUUCAGGGAGCUCAGCGAACAGCAUCCUGUAAUCAUCACAUGUAUGAUAAAUGUGCAUCUUUUUGAACCGUAUGCUAUUAUAAUUAAAGAAAGUCCUUUUGCCACUACCGCUUGAUCAGUAUGACAUUUUCGAAAUACUCUUAUUUUUGUAUUAUUUACAAACUGACGACCCAACAUUGAUAUUCACAUUACUAAAAGUUGUUUACAUCUAUUCAUCAACACCUGGUAUUUCCCCUUUAAGCAGCAGCAGUUAAUGUCUGGCUAAAUAAACUCUUAAAUACU